AUGGCAAUUGAGGCUGCAGCUAUUGGUCGAAGAGAACCAGUUCACAUCAGAGGGCUUGACGCCAACACUGCCCAGCUGCAGGCCGCUGCUGUCAGAACCAUGUUGACCGAUCACAAUGGUUUUGCCUUCAAUAGCUUGGGCAGCGGCUGGAGCGGCCUGGGCAUUGUCGUCCUGGACGACACGCACCGAGUAACUCCGCGGGAGUCCGAAGCACUGCGGAUUGUUCUUGUGAAAAGCCUUGGCAUCUGGUCCCAAAUGAGAAAAGAACUCUUGAGGUUUGAGAAAAUUGAACUUACAAGAAGGAAGAGCGUUGAUUUGCUUGGCGUAACGGUGCAAAGCUCUCCGAUAGGCCCUGCUCUGCGGGCCCCGGCAGGCACCACCAGAAGAGCUGUGUGCACUGGCCAGGUAUGA